AUGAAUGAGUUGAAGGAUAUCAAGGACGACCGACUGCACAUCGUGAAGCUCGAAGUCACCUGUGACGAAUCAAUAAAGAACGCUUACAAGAAGGUAGAAAACAUCGUUGGUGAUAAAGGGCUCACGAUACUUGUGAACAAUGCUGGUAUGUGGGUGAAGUACUUCACGAAUCAAGAGCCAAAUCGAGCGGAUCUCAUCAAAAAUUUCGAUGUAAAUGCAGCUAGCGUCGCUGUUCUGACGCAGGUUGGUUGA